CUCAUCACGGACAGUUUUGUGUUGUAGCAAAUUUCUGUGAAAAUAAUUAAAUUACAAUCUUUUUAAAAUGUUUUCAUAUCAGACAUCAAGUUUACACUUAUUCUUUAAUGUAUUUAAUACAACUGCUUCCUUCUUUAUGAUAUAAGCAAUGUUUGUUUACUUGACAACAGUGAUCUAACGUAUAAUGAUUUUUAUUUACGUUAAUCGUUACUAAAAUAAUUUAUAUUCUCAAAAAUGGAUAAAAGCGUAACGUGCGAGCAUCUCAACAAGCUCGUGGAGCACUUCGACAAGGAACUAUGGCAGUCGAAGGAGAAUCUGGCAUGUUUCGACUGUGGAUGUCCGGGACCCAACUUAUGGAUAUGUUUACAGCCUGAAUGCCUUCAUAUUGGUUGCUCCGAAGUCAAAAAUGACCAUAGCACUAUACAUCAAAAGAACUACCCGUUACACUCUGUCCAUAUGAACGUCUCGACAGACCGAAUAUGGUGUUAUCUGUGCGAGAAGGAGGUUCAUAAGCGGGCAGCGUUGAGGCAUGCACAGGUAAAGUUAAAUCCUGAGCCUUCGGCGGAAGAUGCGUCAGUCACAGCAAGACUCAGCUCCAUGGGCGUCGCCAACUCCGACGACGAGGCCGAUCCCGACGACAUGGACCUGGACUUUGACGACGAACCACCGAGAGGUCUGGUGGGUCUGCAGAACAUCGGGAACACGUGCUACAUGAACGCGGCGCUGCAGGCGCUCAGCAACACGCAGCCGCUCACCUCGUACUUCCUCGACUGCGCUGCCGCCGUCGCCGUGCUCUCCGGCGACAAGAAACCCGGCCUAAGUCGAGCAUACCAAAAAUUAAUGCAAGAAAUGUGGCAUAUUAGAAGUAGAGGCUAUGUUGUACCAAAUGGCAUAUUGUACGGGAUAAGAAAUGUGCACCCGAUGUUCCGCGGCUACCAGCAGCACGACACCCAGGAGUUCCUGCGCUGCUUCCUCGACCAGCUGCACGAGGAACUCAAGGAGCCGGUGUGGGACGCUUCGCCGGAGGACAAGCUGACGACGGAAGCGGACGGCGACCAUCAGGAAGCCAACAACAUCCUUGUCCGACGAAGAGCGGCGUCCUCGGGAGCGAGCGACGCGCCGUUCUUCGCUCGCAUGCGGCGGCCUUCGCCGGCACCGUCGUCAUACAACGAACCACGGGAUGGCUACCUCAGGAUGGAGGCUGCGCGUCACCGGCGGUCGGCGAGCUUCGCGGGCACUUCGCACGCCACGUACCACCUACCCGCGACCGCUGCCAAUGGCACAGCGGGGUCGGAGUCGGAGCUGUCGUCGUCGGAGCCGGACGAGCGGUACGAGACGGCGUCCAGCAACAGCGACUGCGCCUCGCCUACACCGGACCCGCCGAAAUCCACUCCAUAUGGUGGCAGCGGUGGUGGCGGCGACGGCGGGGCACCGCGGUACCGCAGCGUGGUGUCAGAUGUAUUCGACGGCAAGCUGCUCUCCUCCGUGCAGUGUCUCAUAUGCGACAGGGUGUCGACGCGCGUGGAGACGUUCCAGGACUUGUCGCUGCCGAUCCCGUCGCGCGAGCACCUCGCCGUGCUGCGCUGCCAGCAGCCCAUACUCAACCACGCGCCCAUGCCUAGCCAGGACUCCUGGCUGUGGUGGGUGGUGUCGUGGCUGCGGUCGUGGUUCUACGGGCCGGUGGUGUCCCUGCAGGACUGCCUCGCCGCCUUCUUCAGCGCCGACGAGCUCAAGGGGGACAAUAUGUACAGCUGUUCGCGGUGCAACAAGCUGCGCAACGGCGUGAAGCUGGCGGGCGUGCUGCGGCUGCCGGAGGUGCUGUGCGUCCAUCUCAAGCGGUUCCGGCACGAGCUCAUGUUCAGCGCGAAGGUCGCCGCGCGCGUCUCCUUUCCCAUCUCGGACCUCAACAUGGCGCCCUACCUCCACAAAGACUGCACGUCGAAGAUAAGCCGGUACUCGCUGUGCGCGGUGAUAUGUCACGCGGGCACGGCGGGGGGCGGGCACUACACGUGCGUGGCGCGGGGCGGGGCGAGCGCGGCGCGGGGCGGCACGGGGGGCGGGGCGGACGACUGGUACCUGUUCGACGACGCCUCCGUCACGCCCCUGCCUGCACAUCAGCUGCCCGCGUGCGAGGCAUACGUGCUGUUCUAUAGGAAAGUUAACCCCCAGAUGACAGUCCUGAGGCAAAAGGCGGCGGAAAUACUGAAAUCGACCAGCUCCGAACCCAACGAUAUCAAGUUCUAUAUAUCCAAGCAAUGGUUAAACAAGUUCAACACGUGGGCGGAGCCAGGUCCGAUCGACAACAGCGACUUCGUGUGCGGCCACGGCGGCGUGCGGCCGGAGCGCGCGCCGCACCUGCCGCGCCUCGCCGCCCGCCUGCCGCAGCCGCUGUGGGAGUUCCUGCACCACCAUUUCGGUGGUGGUCCGGCGGUGUCGCACGCGCACGAGUGCGGCUCGUGCGCGCGGGCGGCGGCGCGGCUGCGGGCGCGGCGCGAGCGGGAACUCGCCGCGUUCGUCGACCUGCAUCGACGGUUUCAGGAACAAGAACGACCCAGUGCAAUAUACGCGAUCAGUAUGCAGUGGUUCCGGCUGUGGCAGGCGUUCGUGAGAGACCGCGCGCGCCAGCCGCCGCCGCCCGUCGAUAACACCAAUAUAUGCAAUAAACAGGAGGUGGAUGGCGUGGUGACGUACGCGGUGAAGGCGGGGUCGGACCACGCGCAGCUCAGCGAGGAGCUGUGGCGGUUCUUCACCGGCGUUUACGGCGGCGGGCCCGAACUCCGCCUGCGCGCACCGGCCCCGCCCCCCGCGCCAGCCCCCGCCCCGCCCCCGCCGCCCGCGCCCCGCCCCCAUUACGACUCCGACCGCGAGGACUACCGAACCAAAUCCAUCUCCGAAACGAACCUCCGAGACUCCGUGCACGGGGAGAUGAGGAACCACUCGCUCCAGAACGUAAGGCGGUACAAGAAGAAGUCGGCCGAAUCCGACGAGAACAUCAGCUACCGGCACUUCCAGUACGAGAAGCACGAGCCCAACGGGAACUACCACUCCGACGACGAACCCGCCGGCCGGCUCGACAACGGCGUGGACGGCUCCGACCCCGACGAAGAUGUCCCCGGCCGCCGCGACCCCGCCCCGCCCCCCGCGCCGCCCGCCGACGCCGCCUCGCACAAGACCAAGCCCAAGCCCGGCAAAGUGCGGAAAGCCAAGCGGAGAACCGUCAAAUGAUUCUGUACCGCGUUUCGGUCGGCGCUGCGGCCGGGCGGGGACUGAGUGCGGACUCAUCCGGUUUGUUGUGAGUGUGAUAGAUACUAAGAAUUAUAAAUCACAAGUUUACUAGACAAAUUGAAAAUGAAAUGUUAAAUGUAAAUCUAUAUUUUUUUAUAAUAUAAUAAUUUAAAUCAUUGUAGCUAAAUUUUAGAUAUGUUUUUGCCGCUUGUAGAGUUGUCGGCGUGGCGAGCGAUGACACUUUCGGUGCACUUUUGACUACAUUCCUUCACGAGGCUCGUACGUUCGGUACGUGAAGCUUUUACAUUUGAACUGCAUAUUAAUAAACGGUUUAAUAUAAUUCUGAAUAAUGGCAUUUUUCAAAGUUAGAUUACUAGUUAAUAAUAAAGUUUUGUUUGAGUCGCAUUGUAAGUAUGUUACUAGUACAUAAUGAAUGAUCACACGAAGCGAUGUGCCACUGGGCACUGUCUAAAAUCGUAAUCAAAGAGUACACCGAUUUGAAUAUUUUUCUAUAGAUAUAUCGGCCUCCCCUGCCGCUAGUAUUUUAGUACAAUUUUAGUUCAAAUUCAGAUCUAGACUCUGUACUGAUUUAAAAAGUGCGUUUAUAAGAUGUGUAUUUACAAUUAAAAUGUGUACUUCAAAGGUUUAUAAAAGUUGUAAUUAUGAAAUGAUGUGUUUAUAAAUACAUACAUAAUAUUAUAAUCUAAUUGCCACUUGCAUUUCUUUUUCAACAUUGUACCAUGGGUAAGGUAUUUAUUUUGUUAUUCCUGGUUCUAAGUCUAUGUUAUUUGUUAUAACAGCAAUAAAAUGUAUAUAAAAUGG